AUGAGAAUAAUAAAGUGCCUGAAUGAAAUAUUCAGACCUGUAUUAUCACACUUAGAUAUAAAUAAUAUACAUAGGAAUAAAAAAAAGAACAUUCUUUAUUUUAUUGAUGUCAGCAAAUUUCAUGUUUAUGAACAACUAUUAUUAGAAGAAAGUUUAUUUAGAAUUUGUAAUAAUACAACAGACGGAUUAAACAAUAUAGGAUUUGUAAUUGUAAAUAAUACAUGUGAAGAAGUGAAUGAGCUUAAAUCAAAUGAAUGUUCUUUUAAUAAUAAUAAUAAGAAAUGUGUGAUAUUAGGUAUUAGCAAUAAAAUAAAUGAUCAUAUAAAAGAUAUUAAUUAUAUUAAAGAAAAUAAUAUAAGCUUAAUUAAAAGAUUUACAGGUGGAGGUACUAUAUAUAUAAAUCAGAAUUCAUUAUUAGUUUCUUUAAUAUUACCUCAUAAAUUUGAAAAAAAAAAAAAAAUUUAUCCAUCAAAUAUUACAGAAUGGUCUUAUAAUUAUUUUUAUAAUACCAAGGUACAAAUAAAUGAUAAAAGAACAAUAACAAAUGAACAAAAUAAUGUAAAGAAAAAUCAUAUUCUUUUUAAUGAAUAUUUUAAUUAUUAUGAAAAUGAUUAUGUUUAUAAAUCUUAUGAUGAAGAUAAUGAAAAUAUUAUUUUAAAAAAAGUUGGAGGUAAUGCUCAAUCUUUUGCAAGAAAUUAUUUUCUUCAUCAUACUUCAUAUAUAUGGACAUGUAAUUACAAUGAAAUGAAUCAUAUAUUAUUAAAUCCAUCCAAACAACCAAUAUAUAGAAAUAAAAGAAAACAUCAACACUUCUUACAGUCAAUUAAAUUAUGUCUACAUAAUGAUAUAUAUACACCUAAUUUAUUCAUUGAAAAAUUAAUUAAACAUAUAAAAUAUAUAAUUAACUAUAAAAAUUCUAAUGAUCAAUAUGAUUAUUGGUUUCUUAACAAAAUUAUUUUUAAAAAUAUUAAUGAUCAUAUAUCAAUAAAUUCAAAACACUUUGAUGAUAUAUAUCUCGCAGAUAUUAAUUUGUUACAAAAUAUUUUCAACUAUUAUAAUAAUAGUAAUAUAUUUAAUAAUAUGAGAUCUACUUAUUUUUUAGAUCAUGACGGAAAAAAGGUUUCUGACACAUAUUAUGAUAUACCAACAUUUUUUAUCAAAUAA